GGGCUUUUUAUAAUAUUGAAAAACUUUCAUUCAAAUGUAUUUGUUCACACACUUCUUGGCGAGGCUGUCGUCUGGAAUGUGUUCUGGUUUCUUGCUUAUAGGAACGGGCUACCUCUAAUACAGGGAUGCUGUGCGAAGGACAACUCAGCCUUCAGCCAUAUAAAAAGCUCAAUCUUGAUCCGUUUAACCCUUGCUCAAAGAGUCUCGGCAUCCGUCCGUAUUUCGCUCGCAAUGUUUGAUAUGGGCUGGUGGAAAACGCCGGUGGAAGGGCUUGCUUGUAUGCCUAUCUGCGUUUCUUAAUAACACAGAAAUCUCCCCUUCCAAGAAGGGUGCUGGUUUCUGUCUGCACGGCCUCAAAGAUUGGAAAGGCUUACUGACGACCAUCAACAUAUUAUCAACAUAUUAUCACGAAGACCACCCUCUCCAGGCCGGCCGCUCCUAUAUAGUUGCCCUUCAUGUCAACAUCCGUUGAUAUAAACCACCAUUUCGAUGGAGAAAGACAUUGGUUCAAACAGUUUUGGUAUACGAACCCUACGUUGAGGGAUGCAGAAAAGGCGGGCCCCCUCGGACCAGUACCUACACAUUUCCACAGAGAUAUCUUGAACCGGGAGACAUGGCGACCUCGAGAUCUUCUCAGAUAUAUAUCUCCUUUCUAUGGAAAGCCAUAUCAUAUGAUCGUGCAAGCCGCUCCCGGCCCCAACACCCAACCCCAGGGAGAAUGGAGGCGACGACCUGUUGGAGGAAACGCACCUACACUUAUGCGGGUAUCCACAUGGGCCAUCGGAAAUAGGCUCGAAACUCCCGAAGACUAUGCCUUGGCUAUUGGAAGAUCCAUUCUUGUUCUUCCUAUCGUAAUGUUUAUUGUCCUAUAUCCGAUGUUUACUAAUGGCACUGGAAAGGAGGGUGACAAAUAUACCAGUUUCCCACACAGAUGCUAUGAGUAUCCAAAGCAUGCACUAAAUCAGCUAGAUGCUUCGCCAAAGGCAUUGGAAUGGGUCAAGGGACAGCGCAAAGAUGACGGAGACAAGACCUAUAUAAUUAAGGGCGAACAAAAUCGUCUUCUUCGACCUCGUGCCUUGGUUGUCCUUCGUAACAAUAGUUGGGAUGUUGUCGAGGACGGAAGUUUUACUGGGCCCUAUAUCUUCAUUAGUUUUGCAGCGGCUCAGUACCAGAAGCCCGCCCCAACAGAUCAAAAUCCUCAAAAGACCGAGCUAGAUGUGGAUGCCAUUGAUCGAAGGGCGAUAAAGCUUACGCUACAUCAUGGGAUGGAAGCUUAUUGGGCAGACUUUCAUGUGAUUAUUACUGCUUCUGCACACCACAAUUAUGGAAAGUUACUGACACAUACUUCAGUGUAGAGCAAAAUUACAGCCCGAGGCUACUGAUGACGUCCAUCGAUUUUGUGAUGUCACACGUGGGGCUGAGAAAGUUUGUGUUGUAUUGCCAGGCGAUUCCCCUGAAUUCCUAGUAUUCUUUGGCCAGCGCCUCUGGUGUUUACCUGAGAUACUGCUUGCCCGAGAUCAUAAAGUCAGUAUUUGCACGCCCGACUCCCAAAACAAAGAUGGUGUGGAUAAGAUAGAAGUUGUUGAUAUCAUGGAGUUCACGCAUCGAUCGUGGGCAAGGACGCUUACACCUAGUAAUGAGAUCAUCCGCGAUGGCAAUGACGAGAUUUUCCGGUUGUUGGCAGAGCAUUAUACUGGCUCAUUGACUCUUAGUCGGCUUGAGCUGAUUCAGGUCGCACUUCAAGCUUUGAAAUCUAGGCAAUACACGGAGUUUCAACGUGGUGACAUUGCUUACGCUCUCAUGACACUGCUCACGAAGCGCCCUCGGAUGGAUCCUUCUGACACAGAAGAGCAAGCCCUUGCACGACUAUCACUAUCUAACGAUAGUGACCAAAUCGUCGAACGUAUGGCUUGCAUGGACGGUAUUCGCAUUAAAGGUAAACCUGCGUGGUUCAAUCUUGAAGAUGAUCUUGGCGCCAAUUUGUGGGAUAUCCAGCCACUUUGUCAAGUAGCAGGCGUUUGUCAUGAUGGGUCCUUGAUUCUGGAUGGUACCCAUGCAAUCUCCAUCCGUUGGAAGGACAUUCCGAGAAUUCAUUCUCUCAGAAGAGUGACCUGGAAAAAGCUGGGUGCUGACAUUGCUUUGAGAUCCGGGACAAUUUGGUUCGUUGUUGGCAUUAGUCUUGUGUCUGCUAAGUCAUCUGUGGGACUGGGAGCCUUCUUCCUAGUUUUGGGGCUUAUUUUGUUGCUCACAUCACCACUCUCUGUGCAUAUUCUCUAUGGUGGAAAAGUUUGUAAGUGAAGUCCUACCGCGCUAAGUCUACAAUAUUAACAACAUAACCAGGGGGAGCUUGCCCUUGGCUCAUUGGCUUCGAAGGAACACUCCCGCUUGAACAGAUCGAGCAUCUCACUUUCGGUAAUGCAAUAGGCCGUCUUCAAUACUCACCUUCCAGUGGUCCGUAUUGCACUGGUAAACCAGACGAGAGAAUUGGUGCCGAACCUCUCUUCAAUGUUUCCGAUCUUCCUCAAGGGCACAGAUUGUUUACAUUGAUCGAUACCGUAAGUUUCGCCAUAGUUUUACGGUUGGGAGGAUAACAAAACUAACCACAUACACCUUAGGGCACAAUGACUGUAACUGUUUUCUCCGCCGAACGGCCACCGUCUGUAGCAUUACUCGCGGGUAAAGAGGGAGGUAUGUUACGCACGAUAUUGUGCUCCUAUGAAAGAUCCACGAAUGGAUUGCGCAAGGAAUGCGUCUUGAGAAUGGAAACGCCUAUGUGGGAUUCCAGUAAUGCCUUGGGGUGGGUCAAGCUUACUUAGUGGAAGAAGGAGGGACAUGAGAUGAGAUGGACCUUGACCACAGGAUUUCUUUUGUGUUGGAGGAUUUAAUUCCUGAACGAACGUGAUGAAUAAUUGAUUUUUUGUAAUAUUUCGAUGGUUGGGAACGAGGUGUGUCUUUAACGAUGGAUGGGCGAUACCUAAUCA